AGCACAACCUUAUAAAGUGUAGACAUAAAAGAAUGCUUUUGGUAUUCAUUGGUAGGAAAAAUCUCCUGAUCUUUUAAUAAUGGCUUCUCUUGCACUUAUCUGUCUUCUUGCAGUAACUGCAGCAAUAGCAGAAUCAGCUGUGGCUCCUGGUACAAAGCCAAACAUCAUUCUGCUCUUUAAUGAUGAUCAGGAUAUCACACUUGGUGGCACUACUCCUAUGGCUUUCACUGAAAAGCUGAUGUCCACUGGAGCUACUGUGGACAACUUCUUUGUCAAUACUCCUGUUUGCUGUCCAUCCCGUACUACAAUGCUUACUGGAGGCUAUCCACACAACUGGCAUACAACCACAGGAGGGUGCAUGCAUAUGGACACUGAUAACGAUCGCUUUAGGAAGAGCAUCUUUGGCCUCAACUUGCAGUCACUUGGCUAUACAACUGGUCAAUUUGGAAAGUUACUUAAUGGGAUGAAAGAAUACUGUUCAGAAAAGGAUCCUCUUCGUCUGCCUGGUUUUGAUUCCUACUUGACCAUGUGCAAUUAUGCCAGGUACUUUGAGAAUACGUUCUCCUCCAAUGGAACAUUAUAUAAAACAGGAACUAAACCAGAGGAUUACCUUACAUCAGUUAUUGGUAAUCACAGUCUUGAUUUCAUUGAGGCAUCACUCCAAGCUGGUAGACCUUUCUUUGCUUAUAUAUCACCUCAUGCUCCUCAUGUGCCUGCUACACCAGCUCCAUGGUAUGCUGAUAAGUUUAGUGACAUGAAAGCACCAAGAACACCAAAUUAUAAUUAUUCAGCAACUGAUCAUCAUUACGUUAUCAGGUCACAGCCCAUCCUAACAUCUGAUGAAGGUGAUAUAAGUGAUGCACUAUUCAGAGAUCGUUGGCGUUCGCUUCUCUCAGUGGAUGACAUUACAAAAGAUGUUGUUUCAUUACUAGAGAAGUAUGAUCAAGCUGAUAAUACAUACAUACUAUGGACUAGUGAUCAUGGUUACCAGCUAGGUCAGUUUAGACUACCAAGCUGCAAACUCCAGCCUUAUGAUCACGACCUUAAAGUUCCUUUCCGUAUAAAAGGGCCAGGUCUUAAACAAGGCAGUCACUCAUUUGUAGCAAGCAUAGUAGAUGUAGCACCAACCAUAAUAGAGCUGGGAGGAGGCACAGUUCCUGAGGAAAUGGAUGGACACUCAUUUGCAAGUCUAUUGAUGUCUGAUUCAUCUGCUCCUAAAGAUGAAACAAGAGAUAGAAUGACAAUUGAGUACUGGACACUUGGAAAUGUCAUUCGUAAUCAUCAUUACAUUGAUAUGCCUAACAACACUUAUAUUGGUAUAAGACUAGUCAAUGAUACUCAUAAUUAUCUCUACGUUGAGUACUAUCAAGAUGUGAAAGAGAUGAAAUUCACUGACAAAGGGUUUGAGUUUGAAUUAUUUGAUGUAAGCAAAGAUCCUUAUCAAAUGAAGAACCUUUACGGUACACCAGAAGCUGAUGACCAGUUAGUAACUGAACUACAUGAGUAUCUACACAAGCAAGUGGUUUGCAAGGGACAGAAGGAAUGCAAGCUAUAAGCCGUGUAAUGAUGAAGCUAUGCUUCUGCAACCUGCUACCAAAUCAUUGCUAUUAUAUC